CAGAGAAGCUCGGGCCAGGCACACAGAAGAAGACUGGAAACUACAAUGUUUGGUACUGCAGCUGCAGUGAUAACUUCCGCAAUGAAAUAAAAUAUCAAACGAGUUUAAUUUAAGCGGCUGAGCCAAGAAGCCUCUAAUGUGGAGGCUAAAUCGAGUUCGCCACAAAGCUGGCCGACAAGGCGACAGCUUGGAGGAGUUUAGGUUAAAGAGGAGGGAGCACGAAAAAGCACUGAGACAGGCCCGCAGAGACAGACAGCUGGUGAGCAAACGACUCCUGCUGAAUGAAGAUGAGGAGCAGCCAGAGGUCACGAUGGACACUACCUCAGGAGAACAGGUUGUGGUCAGUUUGUUCCACAGACUUCAACACAACGGGCCUGAGAGGGAGUCUCACCUGAGAGCCUUGAGUAAAGCUCUCCGUGACCCAUCAGCACAGCUCACCUUCAUCAAGCAGGAGAAUAGUAUGCACCUGCUGGUCGGGCUCCUCACUGGCUCUAAUGCUCAGUGCCGUCUGCAGGCAGUCCGGUGUCUUCAUGAGCUGUCUCACUCUCUCGACUCCAAAGUGGCCCCAGCCUGUCUGCCUGCCACCCCUUACCUGCUCACCUACCUGUCUGGCCAGAGCACCAAAUUCACUGAGCUGUGUCUCUACACGCUAGGUAAUUUAUGCCCAGACGGUGUUGUAAAAGAGAAGCUUCUGGCCCAGGGAAUCAUACCAGCUCUGGCCAACUGUAUAGAGAACCAGAGACAUAAUCUAGCGGUCGUGGAAGCCGUGGGGUUCACACUCUCUCAGCUUCUCCAGUCCAAAGAUGCAGCAGAGAACAUAAUCCCGAUGGUCCUGGCCUCCAGUUUACCUUCACACUUGUUAUCAGUCCUGACGCCAGACCCAACGUUCGGCCUGGCACCUGCUAUUGAGUGUGCGUGGUGUCUGCACUACCUGGUGUGCAGCAUUGAGGAUAACAGCCCCAUGACCCAACAGCUGUUGGCUCAUGGGGCCCUGUCCCAGUGCAGUUCUCUGUUGGUGUCACUAGGUGGUGCUGUCGCUGAAGGAAACAAAGAAGAAGGAAUGGAGCUGCUUGUCUGUCCUCUGCUGCGGUGCGUGGGAAACCUCCUGUCCUCCUGCCCAGUGGACAGCCUGAGUGCUCGAGUGGGCGACGUUAGACUUGUGGCUGCUCUGUGUGCACUUCUUCAGGCCUACUUUCACACACAACCUGCCUUGGCCAGGGAGAGUGCCUGGGUCCUCAACAACCUCACAGCUCACUCCAGUGCUUUCUGCUCUGCUCUGCUGACUCACAACUUGAUCCCUGGACUGAUCCAGCUUCUGCCUUUUUCUCAAGGCAUCAAUACAAUGAUCCUCAGGGUUCUAGCAAAUGUUGCUCACAAGAAAAAGGAGUUCUGUGUCCAGCUGGCCCAGCUUGGAUUGCUGCCUGCACUCUGUGCAACACUUAAAAUGGCCGACCAAGAAAUGGUGACUCUGAGUCUGGAGGUCCUCUUCAUGCUGGUAGUUAGCCAGCCUCAGGUGGUAGACGAGUUUGUAAGGCAAGGUGGAGUUUCACUCUUAGAAGCCAUUCAAUACAACAGUGAAGGAGAGAUGAGGCGAAGGGCAGCAUACCUCCUGGAGCACCACCUACUGUCAUAUUCAUCCGACUGCACGGUGGACGACAUCCCACGUUCCUGAGCGAAAGAGAAGGCAUCAAGUUCACACCUAUGGAGAACAGUGUGUCCCCAAACACAGAACAUUUUUAUGUGUGUAUGCUGACAGACAGAUGCUGGCUUUAUAUUUAAAGUUAGUUUUUUAAUAACUCUAAAUCAGAUGUAAUGUCAUGUUUACCAUUGGUUAUCGUUGGUAUUUUAACACCUAUAAAGAUGAAAUAAGAUGUAGCCUUUACAUGAAAUUGUAUUUAUAUUCAGAUUAGGUCUGACAUGUUUUUUUGUCUCUUACAUUUUGUGCCACCAUUGCUCGAGAAACUAAAGACUGAUUAUUUUUUUAUUUUUGCACAUUGAGGUCUCUCAUCUGACAGGAAAACAACCACUGUAUGUACAACUGUAGAGGAAUGAUUCAUAUGACAACUGACUGUAAAUAUCUAGAGUGAGGGAGAUGAAAAACACUUGAUUGUACAUUCAUCAAAUAGAUUAAUCAGCAUCAGCUUCACAACAGAGACAGUUGUUUUGUGAGUAAGAGUUUGUGUGUCUGCCUGCAUAGGUAGGGGCAGUCAUAAUGUUUUGGCUCAUCAGAGUGUAAUAAGAAAGGCCCAACUUUC